GCAAGGCCUGGCUGCUCUGCAGAAGCUCGGCUACGCCGAAGAGCCGCUCAUCCAGGCAGCGCGACAGGAGCUCGCCUCCCAGGAGGCAGAGGAGCGCCGUGCUCAGCCCCCCGAGCAGCUCCUGGUCUCCCUCCAGAAGCGCGUGGAGGAGGCACGCGCUCGGGCCUUCCAGGUGGCGGACAGCCUCGUGGAGGCUCUUGCGAAGGUCGACGACCUCCGCAGGCAGCAGGGCGUGGCCGACGCGGAGGUCAAGAACCUGGAGGCGGAGGUUCAGGCUGCUCAGCGCGCCGUGGCGGCCUCGGCGGCGAGCUCCAGCGGCGUGGACUUGGCAGCCCUCGCCUCCACGCUGGUCGGCCUCCAGGCCACGCUCGCCAGUGCCCCCGCGCGCGUCGCCAGUGGGCAGGGCAUCAAUGUCUUGGAGGCGAUCGGGCAGCAGGCGGGGGAACCGCCGCUGCCGCCUGGGAAGCCGCAGGCGAGGCCGACAUGGAAGGCUAGGCACCGUGGGCGUCGAGGCAGCGCCCGCGCGAAGGCCUCGCUCGUCACCUACAACGGCUCGUCCUGGGCUUCGUGCAGGGGGGUUUUGACCCACUGCGACCUUGGCAUCCAGGUGGUGGCGGCUCAGGAGCUGCGCAUCGAUGGUGACGAUCGUCGGCGCGCUGAAGGCUUGGCGGCUCGGUCUGGAUGGUAUGUUAUUAUCUCGUCGUGUCGACGCCUGGAGUCUGGGCGGCCUUCUGCUGGCGUUGGUCUUUUCAUUCGGCGUCACAUCAGCGUGACGAUGCUGCCAGGCAUGCCAGGCUUGCGAGGUUUUGACCUGAAUCCGAGUUUCUGCGUGGCAUGUCAUGCGGACUUCGGCAUCAGAGGCGGGCUCGUGUUAUUGUCCUGCUACUUUGAAGUGGGGCGAUGGACCGACGUGAAUGUGAUGCGGCUUUACGACAUAGCUACUGCACUGCGUGGUUGGAACAGGCCGUUUUUGAUGGCGGGGGAUUUUAACUGCGAUCCGAAGCACCUCAUGGAGUACGGUUUCUUGGACUUCAUCCCUGCUGCAGUGGUCGCGAGGCCCCCUGUUCCUACAGGGCGCCUCCCUGCGGGCACGUGCCGCAGCGCUCAGGGAGCCUACUCGACCAUCGACUACUGGCUGGCCAGCUUGUCCAUCGCGAGCUCGCUGACGCCGCCCCUGCCUGUGGGUGGCUGGCCUGCGCCGCCGCAUUUCCCGAUGAUGACGCCCCUCGACGCGCGGGCCAAGGCGGUCAAGUUCUUCGCCCUGCGGGCGCCGAAGGCUUUCCCGAAGGCGGCCCCGACCGAGGAUGUCACACCUGUGUUGGCGGGUGGCACCCGCGAUCUCAUCGAGGAUGGUGUGGCACAGGGAGGAGUUGCGAAUCCUGUUCAGGCUCAGGCGCGGCUCGAUCACCUGUACGCCGAGUUUGCGAAUCUCGUGGAGGAGGAGCUGCUAGUGCGCUACGGCAUCCCUGC